AACCGUCUUUACACUCCUUUUUACGGUGUCGUUUCGUCUUGGGCCUUACUCCUCACUGUUGAUCGAGAGGUUCCCACUACCUUCCCUGGAAAAGAAUAUGCCCAAAAUGUGCAUCUUUCUUGGAACCUGAGGCAAUUCAUGCACCACUUUUCUUCUCUUUUUAUUAUGUUGUCUAACGCAUAAUUCAUAUUGUUUUCAGUAGUUGAGAAUAUAAUAUAUAUAAAUGCUCCUGAAUCUCGACUUACCCAGGUUUCUUGGGCAUCAAGUCCCUGUUCUUUAUUAUUUGUUCCCCUUUCCCCCCAAAAAUAUAUAGAAAAGAAAUUAGAUUUUGUCCAAGAGUGUACAAAACGUUAUUUGUCUUCAACUUUUCUCCAAGUUAUUUGGUGGCGGCUACCCCAACACAGCUAACCUUCAACAAAAAAGUGUGAAAAAGCAUUGUUCUCGAUUCAUCACGUCAGGAAGAUCACUACAGCAAGACCCCACAACACCAGAGAGCUGGUUUUUCAACAAUGGCAUUGGCAAGGAUUGCUAGAACCAGCUUGAAAAGAUCGGCAGUUGCUCUUGGCAGCAAUGCAUGUGAGAAGGAUUUGUUCUAUGAAGGAGCAUACGCACGUAAAAGCUCCUUACCUUGCCAAGUACCUGUCAAAGAAUGUGGCAACUUUUCAUAUACUACAAUGAAGAAGCAGAUUCAGAUGAAUUUUUCGGUCAGAGGAAUAACAUCAACUCCUCAGUACCAAUUUCCUUCCGCUAACACACAGAGGGUUAUGGAGGUGCCGGAGUCAGAGGCAGAGUCAGAGAUAGAGCAUGAGGAGACAAGGUAUGCAGGGCUAGAGGCAACAAAGCCAGGUGAAAAGCCUAGGGUGGUUGUUCUUGGUACUGGUUGGGCUGCAUGUCGGUUCCUUAAAGGCCUAGACACCAAAAUCUAUGAUGUGGUGUGCAUAUCUCCGAGGAAUCACAUGGUCUUUACUCCUUUGUUGGCUUCCACAUGUGUUGGAACUCUCGAAUUCCGUUCUGUUGCUGAGCCUGUCAGCAGAAUACAGAAUUCAUUAUCAAGGAGUCCAAACUCCUACUUCUAUCUAGCCUCCUGCAUUGGCAUUGACACAGACAAACAUGAAGUUUACUGCGAGGCAGUCAACAAUGGUGGAUUACCUAGGGAGCCUUACCAGUUCAAAGUUGCGUAUGACAAACUUGUAAUAGCAGCUGGAGCUGAGCCUUUAACCUUUGGUAUCAAAGGAGUGAAGGAGCAUGCCUUUUUCCUUCGCGAAGUGUAUCAUGCUCAAGAAAUAAGGAAGAAGCUUCUCCUUAACCUGAUGCUAUCUGAGAAUCCUGGCAUAUCAGAAGAAGAAAAGAAACGCCUUUUACAUUGUGUAGUUAUUGGCGGUGGCCCAACAGGGGUGGAAUUCAGCGGUGAAUUGAGUGAUUUCAUCAAGAGAGAUGUUCAUGAACGAUAUACUCAUGUCAAAGAUUAUAUUCGUGUCACACUCAUUGAGGCAAAUGAGAUAUUGUCAUCCUUUGAUAUUAGCCUACGACAAUAUGCAACAAAACACUUGACAAAGGUCGGAGUUCGUCUUAUGAGGGGUGUGGUGAAGGAGGUGCAUCCAAAGAAGAUAGUUCUGAGUGAUGGAACUGAUGUUCCGUAUGGUCUCUUGGUCUGGUCCACAGGGGUUGGCUCCUCUGAGUUUGUAAAAUCGUUAAAUCUUCCAAAGUCUCCUGGAGGAAGAAUCGGCAUUGAUCAAUGGCUGCGCGUUCCAUCUGUUGAAGAUGUCUUUGCACUGGGGGAUUGUGCUGGCUUUCUUGAACAUACGGGCAGGCCUGUUCUUCCAGCUUUAGCUCAGGUUGCUGAAAGAGAGGGAAAGUUUCUUGUGGAAUUGUUCAACAAAAUGGGAAAGGAGAAUGGAGGCAAAGCUUUCUCUGCAAAAGACAUCCCACUCGGAGAGCCUUUUGUUUAUAGGCAUCUUGGAAGCAUGGCUUCUGUAGGUCACUAUAAAGCACUGGUUGAUCUACGUCAGUCCAAGGAUGAAAGAGGGUUGUCCUUUGCUGGUUUUAUCAGUUGGUUGAUAUGGCGUUCUGCUUACCUGACACGUGUAGUAAGCUGGAGGAACAGGUUCUACGUGGCAGUUAACUGGGCAACCACUCUAGUUUUUGGCAGAGACAACUCUCGGAUCGGUUAAAAGUUAAUAUAUAUAUAUAUAUAUAUAUAUAUAUAUCACUUCUACCAGAACUACAAUACUAGGUGGUAUCUUAAAAAAAAAAAAAGAAUUAAUUCAUGCAAGUCUUGUAUUAUUUUCUGAGUAAUGAGCCUCAUUGUUCUUUUAGCCUACUGUUUCUGUUAUAGAAUUCAGAGUAAAGAAACGCUAUAGUUAGCCUCAUAGCUUGUUCUUACAAGUAUAAGAUGUCAUUAGGAUUGUUAAUACCACAAGUAUUAAAAUAAA